AUGGAGACAUUCCGGGUCAGGCAGCAGCAUGAAGCCUUGGCAUCCCCUUGCAGCGGCAUUGGGCUGUGCACCGGAGAACAUCGUCACCUCGUCCAAACCCAUGACCUGUCUCAGGUCUGCGUCACUGAAAGCCGAGGCGUCCUCUGCGCAGUCACGACCCUUCCAGAGAAGCUAGUGAAGGAACUCAUGAGUGACAUCAUAGUGCUCUGCAGCCGGGGCGCAGGGCUCGGAGAGGAUUACAACCUUGUUUUCAAGGGCAUUAGUUUCCUUAUGAGCCGAAACAGGGUCCUCACGAUGAGAUACUACAAGGACUUUCUCCUCGCCGUCGACGGCACUGGAGUUGUACUAAACUGUCUGCUGCCGGGGGACACCGGCGCAGAGGGGAGCGCGGUGGCCCCUGCCUCCCCGGUGUUGCCGGCGUCCAUCCCCGGCUACCGGCAUGAGGGACAACCUGCCCGGCUCACCAUCUCCGGCACGGCCACCCCUGCGGAGGCACACGGGGGCAGCAACUUCACCCCGGGCAGCGAUGACCAACCCUGCCCUUCUGCUGCCCCCCACGACCAAGCCCUUGGGGACCCGGCAGGCGACCUCACCGUGUCCGAGGAGGUGCCUCUCGAAGAGGCCCUGAGGCUCUUCGGCUGCUCCCCGGACACGGUGGGGGUCAGCCAGGACAGCCCCAGCAGCGGCCCCGUGCCUGGGGAGCUUGGUGGCACCGGCGCAGCCAUCCCCCCCUGCGACUUUGCCUGGCUCUCGCUGCCCGAGGAGCUGCUCACCCCCGACUACAGCGUCCCCGAGAUCACCGGCGCCAUCCUGAGCCUCGAGGAAUUCUACGGCAUCGGGAUGGAGCCCCGGGAGCCGUGGGGGGCUGCGGGGAUGGCCCUGCCACCGUCCCAGGCUGCCGCCUGCGAGAAGCGGGGCAAGAAGCGGGGGCAGAGCGCCUUGCCGAAGCCGGCCAGCAAGCGCAGGGCUCUGGCAGGCAGCACGGGGGUGGCA